AUGACAACCAAGACCAAAAGCCACAAGGCCAUGGGAGAUGGGGAGUGGAUGUCAAGGCUGAGGGCCUUUGCCAGCACUGGAGUUUGGCCCCCAGGAGCCGGCAACAGGCCAGCGCCAAGGCAACGGAAGUGGCAUGACCUCUACCAAAAGAUUGAGAAAUGCCCCAUGCAGGCCAAAGGGCAGUCUGGCUUGUUUGGUCAGGCCAGGACCUGCAGUUGUGGGUUCCAUGCCAAGCCUGCCACCCAGUCAUCUCCUCCCUCCACAUCAUCUGCAGCUUCAGCCUCUGCUCCUGAGGCCCGGACAUAUUUGCGUCCCCCUCUAAGUCUGUCCAUGUUCACAAAAUCCCACUAUGGUGGCUCAUUGUCAUCUGCAGUGCAGCCAAAUUUGGUGAAAAGAAGGACCCCCAGUCCUUCACCUGUGAGCACCCCAGACCCCCAGCGCUUCUGUGUCGUCUGUGAGGGCCCCCAGCCCUUCACUGUCUCUCUGAGGGCCCCCAGCCCUUCUGUGUCAUCUGUGAGGACACCCAGCCCUGCACCAUCCAGGGGAAGUUCCCAGUUUGGGAACAAAACCCUGUACAAGCUGACGCAAUCUGGCGAACCGGGAGGACGUGCGUCAUCCCAUGCGGGAUCCUCAGCUUCAUUCUGGCUGCCGGGUGAGCUGAGCAAAACCAUUCCUCUGCAGGACCAGAGGUGGAUUGCCAACACCCUCUUUCACUCUGGGAAACUGCGGCCAGAUUUGAAGCUGUGGUAUGAGCCCCCUGUCCCAGCGCUCAUUUACCAUCAAACACCGACCCCAGAGCCUUUCUUCACCCAUCGCCUGAUGGUGUGGAUGCCCUACCACCUGUGGAAGGUGAAGAUCGCCUGCCCUACAUGUGGAAAGCAGUUGACAGGCGCUGGGGUCCACAAAAGGGCACGGAAGGUCCUGGACAUCGACCGGUACUACCUGCUGGUGACAGAGACACUCAGGUGCACUGUGUGUGUACAGAACCAUUUGUCCACCAGUCAGACUGUCCGGGACCAGCUGGACCUCCCUCACCAGCAAAUGUUCAGAUUAAUCCUGACCCGCAAGUACGCCUGUGACAUCCGUGUCAUCAGGCUGCUUCGGGACAGGACCCUGGGCAACAGUCCAGCGCGGCUGGUGAAGCAGCUAAGGGAGAACCAUGGGGAGGAGUGGCUCGACAGGCUGGUACACUAUCUGGGGGAGUGUGCUGAGUUUGUGGAUAAGCCAAGCCUCUUCCCGGUUGUCUGCCGGGAGCCCCCGGAGCCGAUGGACAUCCCCACCAGUCGCUGGCUGUUGGUCGUUUAUGGACGGGACAUCCUCUCAAGGUUGGACCACAUAAAGGCCAGAAUCACCUCCACGUUUGGGUCCAUCCUUAAGCUGGACUCCACCAAAAAGAUCACAAAGAAGCUGGCUGGCACCGGCAGGGGCACAGCUCUCUGGCUAACCUCCGUCAGCACGAGGUUGGCCAGAUCCUGA